UUCUCACCCCAAUCCACAAAUCACCAGGCAAGAUGGGCUCUGACAAGAUCGAAAAGAAGCGCAAGCGCGCCUCAGAUCGCCAUGAGCGGCCCAGCAAGAAGACCGCGCUGGAUCCGCGCGAGCUGCCUCCGCUGGCCGUGAGUGUGCUCAAGGAUGAUAGCGAGUUGGCGCCUGUUAUCACAACAACUCCCGGAUUGAAAACCUCCGGAAACAUCAACCUCAAACCCUACGUCAAGAACCGCGCCGCCCCCUCCUCUUCCUCCUCGCGGAACCAGGGCAUCGUGUCGUCAGAGCUGCUGCUGCAAUCGUCGGAGCACCCGAAGCUGGAUUUCGUGGGGCGCGAGUCGAACGAGGAUGCGGACUCCCAGCUGAAGCACUACGUUGCGGUGUUGGAUGCUGAGAAGAAGACGUGGGAGUUUGUGGAGGUGCGGCGCAUGGUGGUGAGGGGGGCUGUGAGGACGUUGAAGCAUGUGGAUGAGGAGGAGAGUGAGAGUGAGGAUGAGAUGGUGAAAAACAUCCGCGCUCAACGCACCGAACUCACCAACACCUUCGGCACGAAACAAUCCCGCAAAGCGGCCCAGUCCAUGGCUGAAAACGCCCAACUGUCCAACGCCCCCGCCGGCGCCGCAGUGGCCGCCGAAACGGCCAUCCUGUCGGCCAUGCCCACCGACUCUGCCACCGACCUGGCCUCCAAGGCAGCCGCCGUGCAGGCCCAGGUGCAAGCCGCCAAGCCCGUCCCGCAAGCCAACCUGGAGGCAUCCCACCCGUCCGACGUGUACCCGAUCGACAACCUCGUGCCGAACGGACUGGCCACGCUGCGCCAACUCCCCGGCCUCAAAGACUGGACCGGCAGCGUCAACGCCGGCGAGGCAGUGUCAACCACCUCGCGGUACGUGUCGCGACGCGUCGAAGCCGUCGUGCACUCCGGCAACACGACCCACCUGCAGCUCCUCCGCUUCAUCUUCGUGCUCCUCGAGUUCGCGCGCUCGCUCCGCUCCGGCGGCCGCGACAGCGGACCGGGCAGCAAGCGACUGCCCACGCGCGACGACCUCCGCCGCGUCCUCUCCUCCUCCACCGGCGGCGCCACCGCCAAAGACGAAGACGAGACAACGCCCGCCACAGCAACCCUGCCCGACCCCAUCAUCGACGCGAUCCGCCGCCGCUUCGCGCCCCAGGGGUCAUCGAUGUCCAAGAACGACGUCACGCUCCUGCACACGACCAUCUGCGCGCUGUCCCUGCACAUCCCUCCCCAGCCUGAGCGCGACGGCGGCGCCAGCACGCAGGGCGGCAACGCGUCCAACGAGCUGGCGACGGACCCGUCGGAUCUGCGCGACGACCUGCGUCUGGACAACGCCAGCAUCACGCAGUAUUUCCGCGAGCUGGGCUGUCGCGUGGACAAGCCGCGGGAGUCGGAGUUCGCCAAGUGGGGGAUUAAGGGCGGGAAGGCGGAGGCGGCCGCCAGACGCGUGGCGCGAUUGAAGAUUCCGGUUGAGUUUCCGAGGGUGAGUCGGGGUGGGAGGCGGUAGUCUUCUUACUUUCUUGAGUAAGAAGUAAGAAAGAGAUAAGGAGAAGGGGGAGAAAAGUGGUUCUGGCGUUGAAGGUGCAUGUGUAUAGC